UGUGACAUCUUUUUUGUCCAAGUGACUUGGUUUACGGACUUAAGUUGAUAAGAUCUUAUGAAACUAAUAUAUGAAUGCAUAACCAGUGCCAGAAAAACCAAUUCACGUAUAACAACUUAAAUUUGACGUCUACUGAAUGUUUAUUAUCAGGGGUAGUAGCUGGGGUGGCGGCUAGAACAGUUACUGCUCCCUUAGAGCUAAUAAAAACACUUUUUCAGCUUCAAGAGACGCCCAUUUCAAGCACCAACGAAAAAGGAUUUCAUGGAGUUAUUGAUGCUCUUAUUAAAUUGAGCAGACAAGAAGGGUUUUUGUCUUUAUGGAAAGGCAAUGGCGUGGGUUGCUUGCGCCUGGGUCCUUAUUCUGGCCUUAAGUUUUUGCUGUAUGACAAACUGAAAUUACAAGUUUACCAGAACGAGCUAAAUGCCUCGAAAAGGUUAUUCUUAGGAAGUUUGGCAGGCAUUAUUGCAACUGUGGUCACUUACCCUCUUGAUAUCGUAAAGACAAGAAUGACCGUUCAAAAAAGAGGCGAAGUUUACAAAGGAACCUCUGAUGCUCUCUUAAAGAUGCUUAGAAAAGAAGGUACGCAUUCCCUCUUCAAAGGGCUGACUCCCACUCUAAUAGGCGUCAUCCCCUUUGAAGGAGUCCAGUUUGCCGUUUAUGAGACCCUUAAAGAAUAUACAGUAGACAGCAGGUGGCCCUCUUGGAGAUGGCCGGAAAGCAAAUUGGACUCAGACGCCAUGGACAUUUUGGUGAUUGGUUCACUCGCCGGUGCUGCAGGUCAGACGGUUUCAUAUCCGUUUGAUUUAGUCCGGAAACGCAUGCAGGUCAAAGGCAUGAUUCGGUCGAGAUACACCGGAACAGUACACUGCUUCUGCUGUGUGUACAGAGAGGAAGGGGUUGGCGGACUAUUUAAAGGGUCUUUCCCAAACUUGCUGAGAAUAGGCCCCUACGCCGCUGUCGUGUUUUUUACCUAUGAGUCGGCUAAGUCCUUUUUUUUGUUAAACCGUCGAAACAGCGAGGAGUAAAGCAACUUUACAAGGUGUCACGAAGAGGGGCACAACGGCAUAAAAGAAAGGAAGGGAAGGCCCUGGAAUGUUGUGUCCUAGCAAACUACUAGCUUGGGCGUUUUUAUAGCUAAACAUUUAAACUGCUUUAUUUUAAUUAUUUACUGUAAU